CCAGAACCGCGCUCCGAUUCGGACUCGGUCCUGCAGCGCCUCUAGGCUGCAGAGCCGCGCUCCAACCACCUGCUCGGCUCUGCGUCCAGGGAAGCGGGGAGGAGAGAGGAGGGAAGAAGGAGGCGGGUGGGGGAGGAGGAGAGAGGCAGCUUACACACACGCCUUCCAGUCGUCCCACUCAGCAGCUCCGAGACCGCCGCUGCCUCCGCUGCUGUCACUGCCACUGCCGUCCCUGCCACCGCUGCUGCCUCCUGAGGAGACCGCCGAGACCCGCCGCCCCUCAAUUACCACCACCACCACCCCCUGUCGAUUCCUUCCUAGCAUUGGGCUUUUUUUCUUUCUUUUUUUUAAUGCACACACUACCUUGACUAUUCUUCUUCCGAGACACGGAACAUAACAGAUCAACCUAAAAGAAACACGUACACCUCUGCGAAUUACUCAAGUGUCUUCUUCCCAGGAAGAAGGGAGUCGCUGGUCCCAGGAGGAGCUGCUUCCUAGGGCGCCUAGGGCGGGUUUGUGGAAAGGGAGAGGGGAGGAGUUGGGUCUCACUUGCACGGUGGAAAGUUGCGUGCAGCGGAGACCCGAAGGUGCAGCGCUCCAGCCCCGGGGGCUCAGUGUGCGGGGGAAGCCGCUACCCGCCGCGUCCCGACCCGCGAGCGCGCGGGCAGCUUGGGGCCCGGGACGACGCCCCCUCCUGCGGCGAGGACUCAGUCGGAGGUCCCGGAGGAGGAGGAAUAUGGCUUCGAAGGCGGCCCCCUCCAGCCGUCUGGUCUUCUGCCUCUUGAUCUCUGCCGCUGUCCUCAGGCCAGGUCUUGGAUUGUACACUGUAAACUCAGCAUAUGGAGAUACCAUUAUCAUGCCUUGCCGACUUGAUGUACCUCAGAAUCUUAUGUUUGGCAAAUGGAAAUAUGAAAAGCCGGAUGGCUCCCCAGUAUUUAUUGCCUUCAGGUCCUCUACGAAGAAAAGUGUGCAAUACGACGAUGUGCCAGAAUACAGAGACAGACUGAGCCUCUCAGAAAACUACACCUUGUCUAUCAGUAAUGCAAGGAUCAGCGAUGAAAAGAGAUUUGUGUGCAUGCUAGUAACUGAGGACAACGUGUUUGAGGCACCUACAGUAGUCAAGGUGUUCAAGCAACCAUCCAAACCUGAAAUUGUAAACAAAGCACCAUUUCUUGAAACAGAGCAUCUAAAAAAGUUGGGUGAUUGCAUUUCAAGAGACAGUUAUCCAGAAGGCAACAUAACAUGGUACAAGAAUGGAAAAGUGCUGCAACUCGUUGAAGGAGAGGUGGACAUAAAUUUUAAAAAGCAAAUUGACCCAGAAACUCAGCUCUAUACCAUGACUUCUUCUCUGGAGUACAAGACAACUAAGGCUGAUGUACAAAUGCCAUUCACCUGCUCUGUAACAUAUUAUGGACCAUCUGGCCAGAAAACAGUUCAUUCUGAGCAAGCAGUCUUUGAUAUCUACUAUCCUACAGAACAAGUGACAAUACAAGUGCUACCACCAAAACAUGCCAUCAAAGAAGGGGACAACAUUACUCUUAAAUGCUUGGGAAAUGGUAACCCUCCUCCUGAGGAGUUUUUGUUUUACCUACCAGGACAGCCUGAAGGAAUAAGAAGCUCAAAUACUUACACACUGACAGAUGUGAGGCGUAAUGCAACAGGAGACUACAAAUGCUCCCUAAUAGACAAAAAAAGCAUGAUUGCUUCAACAGCCAUCACUGUUCACUAUUUGGAUUUGUCCUUAAACCCAAGUGGGGAAGUGACCAAGCAGAUUGGAGAUGCCCUACCUGUGUCAUGUACAAUAUCUGCUAGUAGAAAUGCAACUGUGGUAUGGAUGAAAGAUAACAUCAGGCUUCGAUCUAGCCCUUCAUUUUCUAGUCUCCAUUAUCAGGAUGCUGGAAACUAUGUCUGUGAAACUGCACUGCAGGAGGUUGAAGGACUAAAGAAAAAAGAGUCUUUGACUCUCAUUGUAGAAGGAAAACCUCAAAUUAAAAUGACAAAGAAAACUGAUCCCAGUGGACUAUCUAAAACAAUAAUCUGCCAUGUGGAAGGUUUUCCGAAGCCAGCCAUACACUGGACGAUCACUGGCAGUGGGAGCGUCAUAAACCAAACAGAGGAAUCUCCUUAUGUCAAUGGCAGGUAUUAUAGUAAAAUUAUCAUUUCCCCUGAAGAGAAUGUUACAUUAACUUGCACAGCAGAAAACCAGCUGGAAAGAACAGUAAACUCCUUGAAUGUGUCUGCUAUAAGUAUUCGAGAACACGAUGAGGCAGACGAGAUAAGUGAUGAAAACAGAGAAAAGGUGAAUGACCAGGCAAAGUUAAUUGUGGGAAUCGUUGUCGGACUCCUCCUUGCUGCCCUUGUUGCUGGUGUUGUCUACUGGCUGUACAUGAAGAAAUCAAAGACUGCAUCAAAGCAUGUAAACAAGGACCUUGGCAACAUGGAAGAAAACAAAAAAUUAGAGGAAAACAAUCACAAAACAGAAGCCUAAGAGAAAAACUACUUGUUGUCCAG